UAUACCACAUUGAGCAAAACUGCCUAGAAUAGGUUACUGGUCUCUGUACGACAAACAGAGGGGAUCUUUAUAGCAGCUACUGCACCAGGACUAUGAUCAGAUCAUGCACUCAAAGAUGUCACUGAUUUCUGUGCCUGCCUGCAAUCUAGAUGCUGUUAACAUGGUAUUGAGGAACGGAAACUGCCAAGUGCCCUUAUUCGUGGAAAAAGUGAAGAGAUCGUCCCAAUUUUCUCUCUCUCUGUAAUAUGCCUGGAAAAACAGCAACUGAAUUGUGAUGACAUGUCUUUAGCCAAUAAGAAGAGAAGCUGGGAAGACCAUGUGACUAAUUGGCCUGUCUUUUCAUUUGAUUCUGUUGAUUCUGGUGCAGUCUGUUGUCAUGGGCUCAUGGCUGAUAAUCUAAACCCAAGUAUGGAAAGCAAUGAAGUAUCCAAAUUGGACAAGCAGGAGCGAUUUUCCAGUAUUUCCCUACCAGAAUGUUGCCACAACCCCGAAUCCUUUGACUUUCAAGAGAAGAAGCUGUGCGACCAUAGAAAAGAAGUGGAUGAGAAUGAUAACCACGAAAGCGAGGAACGCUGUCUGCCACUGGAAGCAAGUACGGAGACCUUGGUCCAUGUGUCUGAUGAAAAUGCAGAUCUCAGCUCAGAGGACGAUCAAAAUGCAAGCGAGGAGCUGGAUUCAGGGCAAGAACAGACACUUGUUGAGAUCACCCCAGUACUGAAGAUCAAACCAGUGGCCAGGAGUAUGCCAGACAACUUUGAAAUAGUCGUUGAACUUGAUUAUGAUUUAGUUCCAGAAGAGGAUAAGGAGGAGGAUAUUAAAGUGAGUGUGCCUACAGAGUCUUCCGAGGUGAUAGAUAUGAAGGAUUUACCAAAGAGAGGAGUGGAUAAGAAUUUGGAUGUAGAAGACAUCAAUGCUUCGACAGAGGUGCUUCCCCAAACCGCGGUUGUUGCACAGCAGCAAAGAAAACAUGAGGCAUCAGAAGAUAAAGAUGAGAGUGAAUUCACUAAAGAUGUGUUGGAAUCAUCUGUUGAUUCAUGUCUUGCUGCUGACAGUGAUGUAAGGGUAGUGUCAGUGGUUACCCCUGUGGAACGGAUAAUUGAGGCUCAGACAUGUCCAAGGGAGAGUUGUAAUGAAGCCAUUCAGGGGGAAGUCACUCAACAUGUGGGAGAGUCUCAGGAUGAUCCUCCUUGUCAAAAUGAUCCUGCAAAUGUAUCAAAGCAAGAUCCCCCAGUUUUAAAUUUACAGGAAAAUACAACCAAUUGCGAUCCUGCGGAUUGUACCAUAAAACUUCGGAAGAGAAAGGAAAUAAGGGAUGAGCGAGAUCGGGCACGGCUGGAUUCCAUGGUGCUGCUGAUCAUGAAACUGGACCAACUUGAUCAGGACAUUGAGAACGCUCUGAGCUCCAACUCAUCUCCAUCCAACACACCCACUGUGAAAAGAAGGCAGAUUCCUGAACGAGAGUCAGAUUCAGAGAGUGGAGCAGAUGCGAUCGCAAUCAGUCAAAACCAGAAGGUUCAUCUUGUCCACUCAUCAUUUGGAUCUGGGUCCCCAAAGGCAAGUUCUGGGGCUAAACCAAAGACUGGGGAUGAACAAAGUGUCACAGAAGUGGAUUGUGUUCCCAAAGGUCAGCAUCACAUCAGUUUUAGUUUUCAGAAAGAGUUACCAGUGUCCCAACUCGGAUUUCUUAUUGAGGAAUCCUACUAA